AUGGGCUGCCGGCGAAGCUCGCAGGUCCGGUUCCUAGCAGCGCCCCCAGCUCCCCGCCCGGAGGAGCCUCCUGGAGCGGCCCUCCGCGCAGGUGGCCGUCGCCAGGGCGGCUCCAUUCCGCCGCCUAGAGCCUCGAAGCGGCCACUGCGCCCCAGGACGCCCGGGCUCCACCUUGGUCUCCCAACCCGCGCGCAGGGACCUGUCGGCCGCAAGGCGCUGGCAGUCUGGGGGUGGUGUCUGAAGUCGGGCGCUUCCUGCCUUUUCCUCCGCCUGGCUCCGUUGGCCUUCUCCCGCUGCCGGCUCCAGGAAUGCCGGGCCGCCGCGCCCCGCCUGCUCGGAGCGCGCAGCGUCCCCGCCCCCAGCUCCAAACCCCCACCCCCUGUGCCCUUAGGGGGGCACCCCCAUUGGGGCGGGAGGGUGGUCAGCCGUGCCCCGGUCGCCAAGUGGCGGAGAGGUGACGGUAACCGCCUUCCUAUUUCCGCCCUGCCCGCAGCGCGGCGGGGUGAGUGCCCGCAGAAAGGCGCUCGGUCCUCCCUCCCUCCGCCAGCCCGCCCGCCCGCCCGCGCCGGGGGCCGGCCUUGCCUCCCCUGCGCCUUUUUCCCCCGCACCCCGGCGCCGCUCCCACACUCGGGCACCGCUGGCAGGGCAGGAGGCUGGAGCGCCUGCUGCCUGCCCGCCCGUAAAAUGGUCACCUCGGCAGGAGAGCUCGCCCUGUUCGCGCUGGGUGUUUUACUAGCUGUGUGCCAGGCCCUGGAGAAUACUACAUCUGCCCUGAGCGCAGAACCGCCUGUAGCCGCCGCUGUGGUAUCCCAUUUUAAUGACUGCCCAGACUCCCACAGCCAGUUCUGCUUCCAUGGAACCUGCAGGUUUUUGGUACAGGAGGACAAGCCAGCUUGUGUCUGCCACUCUGGGUAUGUCGGUGCACGCUGUGAGCAUGCAGACCUCCUGGCCGUGGUGGCCGCCAGCCAGAAGAAGCAGGCCAUCACCGCCUUGGUCGUAGUCUCCAUCGUGGCCCUGGGUAUCCUCAUCAUCACGUGUGUGCUGAUACACUGCUGUGAGGUCCGAAAGCACUGUGAGUGGUGCCGUGCCCUCAUCUGCCGGCACGAGAAGCCCAGUGCCCUCCUGAAGGGGAGGACUGCCUGCUGCCACUCAGAAACAGUGGUCUAAGGAGCCCAGAAAGGGAGUUCAGCCAGGUGGACUGCAGCCACUUGAGAAGAAAGGACUUCCUCAGGACAGCCCUGUGAGGGAUGCCUGGGACAGGCCAGCAGAUCCUUCCUUCUUUGCCUGAAAUCGCCUGUGCAGCCUUUUAUCUUUUUGGGCCUUCAAAACUCUGAGAAGAACUCUGUCUGCUGCGGGUUAUUUGGUGUGACCAAGAAAAGAAAUCAGCAGACCACGAUGUAAAAACUGGUCAAAAAAGAACUGCAAAGAGGCGGACACCCUGUUUACGUAGAUAAGGGGUGUGCAUCGGUCAGUGUGUCGUCCAGUUGUGUGUAGUUGUCUCUGCCAGACGUGGACCCUGGGCUGUGCUUCUUUUUAAUGGAAUCAUCUGCUCCUUACAGCAUCCUGCCCAACACCAGAGAGGCCUGUACUUGUUACAGGUUUUUCUCAUUGGCUUAUUGGGGAGGAAGAUGGACAAAAGGUAACUACUCACUGUUAUGUGAAGACGUCAAGUAUAAGAGGAGCUGGACCCUCUGUCAUACAGACCCUCAACCCACCCCACAUCUUCUAUAGACUCAAGAUGUUGAAGACCUUCCCAAGCUGUUGCCACCAUCAGAGUGGUCUUAUUUAUUAGAUGGGUAAUGGUUCUAUUUUUUAUCUCUUAAGCCAGUGUAAAAAGCAUAAAACUCCUUUGGACUUCUACAUUAAUGAUGUAUGUAUUGCGGUUACACUGAUGAGAAAUGCUCAGUCUCUUGGGACAGCUGAGACCCAGGCAAAGGUACCCAGGGGUACAGAAAUGGAGCCAGCGAAUGAGUUACUGAUGGGAACAAAGAUUAGGGUUCAGAGGUCAUGCUAUUUAAGACAUGAUGAAUAGGUAAAUCCCCUGGAUACAGUCCAGAUAGAAAAUCAACAGAAGGCAUUUGUCACACUACACGGCUCGGUUAUGAAACAUAAUUUGUAACUUUCUAGGAGUCUCUGGGUGGUACAAAUGGUAAACGCACUCGGCUGUUAACCAGAAGGUCGGCAGUUUACCCAGAAGAACCUCAGAAGAAAGGCCAGGUGAUCUACUUCCAAAAAAUCAGCCACUGAAAACCCUAGAAAGCACAGUUCUACUCUGACACACACGGGGUCUCCGUGAGUUGGAAUCGACUCAGCAGCGUCUGGUUUGGUUAACUUCUAGUGAGCCCUCCGAGACAGUAUGCUUAGAAGUAGAACAAUCCCAGAGAGCCGUGGGUAUUUAGGCUGAAUCCGUGAGAGAGGGAACCAAUCAUUUAUUCUCCAUUUUGUUGCUUGCUUGGUUUGUUGCUUUAUUUUUGAAAGGAGAAAUUUAACUUUCCUAUUUAUUUUUAAGCAUUUGGAGAAAUAUUUCAGUGAUUCUCUCCUUUCCAUUCAGGAUGCAGGUUGUAGUAACAAAAAAAUCUAACACGCCAUCUCUCCUGAGCGGGUCUCAUUUUCCCCUCAAAGAAGGAGAAAACUUUUCUCCUGAGCUUCCGGGUCCAUUCUGACCCACUGGGCCUCCCAGGCCCUCUGGCCUGUAUGUGGGAAGCACCAGUUUCCUCCAAAUGAGCAGUGGAUGUCUCAUCCCUAGGAAUUUUCAUUACAAUUUGAAAGCAGAAUAACAAAUGAAAUAAUGUCUGAACUCCUUACGUGAGGAUACUCUUUAAUCACUACUACAGGUAUCCCCUACUUUUCAAAAGUCCGCUUUACGCCAUCUUGCUUUUACAAAAGACCUACACUAGUACCUGUUUUUGAUAACCGAAAGAAAUCCGAAGAGGAUUUUCGCUCUUACAAGAAAAGGUGAAAGCAGAAAUAGCGUUCAGUGUUUGUUUUGCAUGGAGCCAUUAAAGAGGCAGCACACAUCCCGAGCAGCGAGGGUGGCAUCGCCAAGCUCCUUUCCAGGAAGCUACACCCAACAUCUCAGCAUCAAGCUGCCAUAGGUUCGAACUGUGUCUGUGAGCAUCUGUGUGCUUUACCUCAGUUUAUUUUGUACAUCGGUUAGCAAGAUGUGUCCUGAGGUAUCAGAAAAGCCUAAGAUAGCUCGUAAGGGCUUUAUGUGUUAUCUGGUAUGAUUUGGUAGGUUAUUUUUUGAGUCUGGGAAUGCUGAAAAAAUUCUCCCAUAUGAAUUAAUGGUAAUUCCUUCUUUGCUUUAUGCCAUUUGGGUUUACAAAAGGUUUCACAGGAAUGCUCUACUUUCGGAUAGUGGGGUAAACCUGUAUUUGAAAAAUGAAAGAUUUCUACUUAUAAAAGCCCUUCAGUGCAUCUAGCUCCUCACAUCAUGAAACUUUCAAAAUAUGUCAAGUUGGCUUGAAAUUUUUGUCAGAAAAUGCUGUCCUCUCCUUAAUUCAUUGUCCCCAGUCCAUUUCUAUGAAUUUUUGUGUUUUAGAAUUAAGACAGUCUUGUGCCCCGUGUCUUAACUUGGGCACUUUUAUUGAACAAUGCUGCCCUUGAAGUACUAAGAGGAGGAACUGCGUCUGCUCACCAGCAGGUCCUUCUAACAAUCUAAUUGACUCAGCACUCAGGUUUUAAUUGUAAAAGUUUGCAUUCCUUGGGCCAGUUCCCCAGCAGCAGAUACAUGGGCUAAGGCUUGACUGUAGCAUCUUAAGAGCUCAGAGACCCAUCACAUUAACACUGGUUUUGAGACCCCUGUUUACACACAUCUGUCCCCCCAGACUGUCCUGAGAGCAUGAGAUGCUGGUUGAGAGACACUAAGAAAGUGGAGCAGUAUCCCUCAUUUUUAACUUGAGUUCACAUACAUUUUCACUUUAGGAAAAUCUUUUUUCAGUCUGUUAGAGGCUGCUUGAGCUCUAAUUGCCUUUAAAAAAGCAUGAAAGAAUGUGACAAUGUCUUGUGGAAGUGGGCUUUCUUCACCUAAUGGAUGGAAUGAUCCAUGUUCAGCCUAAAGACGGUGUCAGUAAUUGGUAUCCAAGAGCCCUUGCUGGUGGAGGGAAGUUGAUGAUGGGCAGAUGAUGGAAGCAGAGGAAACCUUCUUGGUUCCCUGUGGGGACUUCAUAUUUAGUGUCUGUGAAGGCUCUGGUCCGGGUGUCCAGCAGUCACAGCUAUGGUACCUCCUUUCUUGUGCCAGCACACCUAUGCUCGAAUGGGUGCCUCCCAAAAAGUGCCCUCCAAAUCAGUUAUUUGUAAACCAGUGGGUCUGAAAAGGGCUGGAAGCAGAGGCUGGGGCCAAGGCAGUCUGGAUUGGACCUGCGUACCCACCCCAGGAGAUGAGAGCCUUGCUUCCUUGAUGAUUUCUCUUUUCAAACCCCAUGGCCAAUUGGCAUUGGAUUCCUGUGCCAUUUCAUGGCAGUGACACUUCUUUGGUUAGCUGUAAAAAUGCUCCCUUCCUGGGUUAAAAGAUGCAUUUCCUAAUCCGUCUCUGCAGGUUCCAUGUAUUUCCUUGCCCUUUGGAAAGCUGAGUAUUCAUUAUGCUUAGGGAAUCAUUCUGGGAACCUGACCUGGUCAGCAGCCAUACACCUCGCAGUAGGAACACAGCCAUUUCCAGUGUCUCAGGAGACAAUGAAAAGCCACCUUUCAAAAACAAGGCCUCCAAAUCCAUUGUAGAGCCUGGAUUUUCCCACUGCUUUAUAGGCUGUGACUUCUUUAAACAUACUGGCAGGAAACAUUUUCUUCUAGACGGGAAGAUUAAUAGCAGCCAAUGCUGAUCUGAAAGACAAGGCCCAUUUUGGAUACCCGUGCACCCAAGCAAGGGAUGAGCUUGCAGUUGGGCCCAGCAGAGGAGGUGGGCACACUGGCCCCAGAAUUCUUUUUCCUGAGAAUGGAGGAGGAGGUAGGAUUGACAUGCACCCACCAACACUAGUAAGGGAGGAGAGUUUGUGGUUCUAGAGCUUCUUGGGAGACUGUACCCUCAGGUUGAGAAAACUGCCCGGCACCUUUAAGCUGGGUUAUCCAGGGUUGUCUCGUGCACGUGCACCAGAAGUUGCUUCUCCAGGCAAUUUUGGCAGGAACCAACUAGGCUCCAACACUCCUCAUGAGAGCUCUUAGUAGAGUCUGGGCUUUGAUCUUCCCAACCUGCCCAGCCAAGGUGAGGGGAUGAUGGGAUGAAUCAAAGGCCCAAAGGACCAAGGGGACAGCACAGAAACAAGGCAAACACCCAUGUUUGUUUUUAAAGUUCUACCCUAAGAGCUUGUUCUCUCUAGCCACUGGAUUUACCAGGCUUUCUGAAAGAUCUAGUGGUGUACACACACACACACACACACACACACACAGUAUUGAAAAGCAACCCCUCUUCCUAGUGAAAUCACUUAUGAAAUGUUCAACUUUUCAUUACCUUUAUUAUAACAAACCUGAGGCUUUUUAUAUAAAUAUAUAUAUAUAUAUAACUUGUUACUCCGACUUCUGUAUAUGUUGCACUGAAAAGGUUAAUAUUUAAUGUUUUAAUUUAUUUUGUGUGGUAAAUUAAUUUUGAUUUCUGUAAUGUGUUAAUGUGAUUAGCGGUUCUUUUCCUUAAUAUCUGAAUUAUAGUUAUUUAAAGAGUAGUGAGCAAUAUAAAUGCAGUUGUUGUGUUUUUCCAGUAAUGUACAUUGUUGUCCAGUUGUACUGUACCUUAUUUGGAAGGAUGAAGGAAUGAACUCUUUUUUUUUUUUUGGUUUGUUUUUUCCUAACUCAACUCAAGAUCGAGUCUUCUUUAAUGAAAUUGGGAUAUUGCUUGAAGUAAAUUAAGAUUUUUCUCUACAAA